CCUUGCCCUGCUACGGUGGCCGCCGAGGGUCACGCGGAGCGUUUUCCUUCCCCGCUUUGAGAGAUGCUGCAAAAAGGGAAAGAAAGGUCCGCUUAGUUUCAGCUCCGCUUCCUUCUCUCCGCCCCGGGAAAGGCAGCAGCGCUUGGUUGUCAUAAUUCAAAAGGAUGGAGAAAAAGAAAAUUGUAAUGAAAUCCAACACGGCUGCUUCCAACCUACUGAGAACCUUGCAUUCUCUCUAUCAGUUUGGCCACUUCUGUGAUGCAAUAAUAUACACAGACCAGUUUGGCAUCCAGGAGGAGUUUUUCGUUCACAAAGUCGUAUUGGCUGCUUCCAGCAAUUACUUUAGAAGCCUGUUCCUCACCGAUGAGAUGCUGAAAGCCAGAGAUUGUCGGGUGACUCUCCAGGGUGUUCAGACUGAAGAAUUUGCCUGCUUCCUAAAGUUUGCCUACACAACAGAAGUAGAAAUUGAAGCGGACAAACUGCACCGAAUAAAGGAGGUAGCCGAAAGACUUGAAUGCCAAGAUCUGCUUGAUGUUUUUGAAGAAAUGAAGGCUGCAGGAGAAGAUUUGGAUCUGGGUGUUCCUUCAGAAAGACAGGAAGGCAGUAGGUCUGUCUGCAGUAAAACAAAACAAGUAGAAAACAAGGAACAGAGUGCUUCGUCCCGAAUUUUGGCAGCGCCCAUGAAGAGACAGCUUUGGGACCGAAAGAAGCACACAAAACUGACUGCCGUCUAUGAUGGUAGUGAAAGUAAACCUGGCUGUUCUGACAAAUAUGGUGUUGUGUUUGAGGGGCCCAAAGACAGCACAGCAGCGUCAGCUGGAUGUCACGAAAUAGACAUGCACGGCGCUCAUACUAUGAAGAAUGUCAGCCCGCCGGAAAAUAAGGCCAGCUACCUGUCACUAAAUCAGGUGGACUCCAAGGAAGCCUGCAUUGUUACAAGCAAGAUGCUACCCGGCCAGGAGGAGGAUGAAAACGGCUUGAAUCUUAGCGAAACCAAACUCAGGAAAUCGCCGCGCAAUAUAUCGAAAGUCUUGCCCCAUACAUACACAUGUGACAAGUGUUGUCAUUCCUUCCAUUUUGCCAAGCAGUACCAGUCGCACAUGGAACAAGAACAUGACGCAGAACUGGUGGUUCAAUAUAGCUGCGAUAUGUGUGGCCAACUCUUUCCCAGCUGCCAGGACCUAAGGCAACAUAGGCUCACCGUUCACGACGAUGAAAAGCAGUUCCCCUGCUUGUUGUGCGACAAAAGGUUUAAGUGCCAGAAAGACAUCAGCCAUCAUAUGCGGAGAGUGCAUGAGAAGAAAAAGAAUCCUCAGAGGUGUCCGUACUGUGACAAGGUGAUCAGCUCUAAAUGUGGCUUGACGGUUCACAUUCGGACACAUACGGGAGAGAAGCCUUAUAAGUGCGGAGGCUGUGCGGCAAGUUUUGCUCAGAGAUCUGCCUUCACUACUCAUGUAAGAAAAAUACAUGAAUCGGGACAAGACAGGAAACUCAGUCCAGAUUACUGGAUGAUAGCCCCGCCAACAAAAAAAGCAGAUGUUAUAGAUAGCAAAGUUGACAAGAAUAGCAAAACAUACCCAAAGGUACCAAACAGCGACUUGCAAAGAGAACCUGUGGAUGAAAAAACUCGAGAGCUUGAGGGAGAAUCCAGGAAUCCUCCUCCUUUGGAAGCAGAGUCUGAGAGUAAAGAGGAAAGUCAGGAGCGACGUGGUGAUGCUGAUAUUCAAAGAGAAAAACCAGAUGGAUGCAGGACUUUAGUUGCAGAGGACUGUGUAAAAGGAGAAAGGGACUGUGAAACAGAAGUAAGGGGCAGGGAAGAGAAUGAGGCAGUCUCUUCCGAAGACAUCGAUGAGAAUUCAAAUGAUCAAGACGCUGAAGAAAGCAAAUCGGACGCCGGUUGCAAAGCGAGGGGCGUUGUGAACAAAAACGAGGGCGCCAAAAAAUCGGCCUACGUUAUAACGUGUACCAAAUGUGCGGAGAAGUUCGUCUCGCGGAAGAAAUACACUGACCACUGCAAAAACGUCCACCAUUCUGUGCCUGGUAAAAUUUAUCAGUGUGACGUUUGUAGCAAGUCCUUUGCGAGUUACAACAGCUGGAAGGAGCACAGGGCGAGCGUCCACACGGACGACAGGCAGUUUUCCUGCACCCUCUGCAACGCCACUUUUAAAAGGAAAAGGGAUGUGAGGACCCACUAUAUGCGGAAGCACGAAGGAAGAGUGAAGCGUCCCCUUUGCUCUGUCUGCGGGAAGAUCUUGAGCUCAAGAACGGCGCUAGUGUUUCACAUGAGGACCCACACAGGCGAGAAGCCAUACCAGUGCAGCAUUUGUUGUUCAAGAUUUGCCCAGCCAUCGCAGCUCAAGAUUCACACCAGGUCCCAUACAGGUGAAAAGCCAUACAUCUGUGAGGAUUGUGGAGCUUCCUUUGUAGAUAAAGGCAAGCUUACCGGCCACAAGAGGACACAUACAGGAGAGCGUCUGUUCAAGUGUGAUGUCUGUGGAAAACAUUUUUCUACCAACGAAUACUUGAAAUGCCAUAAGCGCUGCCACAUGGGAGCCAAGCCGUACAAGUGUGAUGUGUGUGGGAAAACGUUUGGACUGAGGGCCUCAUUAGCCCAACACAGUAACGUUCAUGCAGAGACUCCUCCUUAUUUCUGUGAGCAGUGUGGAAAGACCUUUACUCAGCAAGGAGCCCUGAGGCGUCACCAGCGUAUUCACACUGGAGAAAAACCCUACAAGUGCAGGGCCUGUGAAAGGACCUUCACAGAUCUGUCUACCCUGAGAAGGCAUGUCCUGGUACACGAUCGGAAUGCUCACUGGAGGACUUUCUUAAUAGAUCUUACCAUCAAAAAGGAUCACAACUGGUCCAAAAUAGAGCCUUUUUCUAAUAUCCGUACGGGAGAGGACUCUAAUCCGAUUUGGUCCGAUGGCCAAAGUAAACUUUAUAAACCAGAGAGCACCAGUGUAAAAAAAGCGGAACACGUAUCCUGUGGUAGUAAUGCCAGAGAUCCUGACCAUUCCCUUACGUCGAACACCAACCAGCGGUGUCCCCGCCUCAUCCCUCCGCGGUGCCCCGCGCAAAGCCUUCCCCCCGGCAACCGCGUCCGCCUCCCCUUCCCUUCCUCCCCGCCUGGCGUUCCCCCUCGCUCCGCCUCCUCUCGGCGUCGCCCUGACCCGCCGUGGAAGAUGGCGCUGAGCGGCCAGGUUUCGGAAAGGAAGAAGAUGCCCAGUAAUGCUGUUCUCUUGGAAUCCAAAUCCUCACCCAUCAACCUUCUCAAUGAAAUGCAGCAGCUGCGUCUCCUAGGACACCUUUGUGAUGUGACUGUCAGCGUGGAAUAUCAAGGGGUCAAGGCAGACUUUGUUGCUCACAAAGCUGUCCUGGCGGCAACCAGCAAGUUUUUUAAAGAGGUGUUUCUCAAUGAAAAGUGCAUGGACGGACUAAGGACAAAUGUACUAUUGAACGAGGUCCAGGUAGCGGACUUUGCAUCUUUUCUUGAGUUUGUGUAUACUGCCAGGGUAGAGGUAGAAGAAGACCGGGUUCAACGCAUGCUGGAAAUGGCCGAGAAGCUAAAGUGCUUGGACUUGUCGGAAACCUGCUUUCAGCUCAAGAAGCAGAUGCUCGAAUCGGUGUUGUUGGAGUUGCAGAAUUUUUCCGAGUCGCAGGAUGCGGUGGAGGACAGCGGUUCCCAGCCAGGCAGCUUGCUUGAGCCAAGGGCAGUCGCUGAGACGCCGGGGGAUAACACGGACCGUGUUGCAGAUUCUCCUCUCGGCAGACCCAGGGACGGCGAGGGCCUUGAGGCUCCCGCCGCUAAAUUAAAGGAGAAGUUAGACAAGAAGAAAGAAGCCUUGAAGACGUCCUGCGCCAAGAUCAGGAGAGCCAGCGGAAGACUGGCUGGCAGAAAGGUGUUUGUGGAGAUCCCCAAGAAAAAGUACACGAGGCGGCUUCGAGAGCAGCAAAAGUACGCUGAGGCUGUGGCCGAGGAGAGUCGGCUCUCCAAAGACCACUGCAUCCAUAAGGAAGGGGAGGAGAAGAAAGAUGAAGAAGAAGAGGAAAAAGGACAAGCGGUGAGCGUCGUGAAAUCUGAAAGCAAAGGGUGCGAUGGCGCCGACGACCUGGAGGAAAACCUGACUAAACUGGAGGACGAUAAAAAGAACCGUGGCGGCAACUUCACCUGCAGCACCUGCGAGAGAGAGUUCCUGUAUGAGAAGAGCUUUCUGAAGCACAUCAGGCACAGCCACGGGAUCGCGGCCGAAGUCAUUUACCGUUGCGAAACCUGCAGCCAGACUUUUGCCAACCGGUGCAACCUCAAAAGCCACGAGCGCCACGUCCACAGCAGCGAGCGCCACUUCCCUUGCGAGCUCUGUGGUAAGAAGUUCAAGAGGAAGAAGGACGUCAAGCGGCACAUUCUGCAGGUUCAUGAGGGUGGUGGGGAACGUCAUCACUGCCUACAAUGUGGAAAGGGUUUGAGCUCCAAAACGGCCUUGCGGCUUCAUGAAAGGACACAUACAGGCGACAAGCCUUAUGGGUGCACAGAGUGUGAGGCUAAGUUUUCUCAGCCUUCGGCACUUAAAACACACAUGAGAAUCCAUACUGGUGAAAAGCCUUUUGUUUGUGGCGAUUGUGGAGCAAAAUUCACGCAGAAUCACAUGCUUAUCUAUCAUAAAAGAUGCCACACAGGGGAACGACCUUUCAUGUGUGAAACGUGUGGGAAGUUUGCCUCUAAGGAGUAUCAACACCACAACGAAUCCACACAGGGUCGCAAGCCAUUUAAAUGCGAAGUUUGCUUCCGAAACAUUUGCACAAGGAAUUCACUGUAUCAGCACAUAAAGGUUCAUACAGGUGAGCGUCCCUACUGUUGUGAUCAGUGUGGCAAACAGUUCACCCAGCUCAAUGCCCUGCAACGCCAUCAUCGGAUUCACACAGGGGAGAAACCGUUCAUGUGCAACGCCUGUGGCCGGACAUUUACCGACAAAUCUACUCUUCGGCGGCACACCUCUAUUCAUGAUAAAAACACACCUUGGAAGUCUUUCCUUGUGGUUGUUGAAGGAGCGUCUAAGAAUGAUGAGGAUCAUAAAACAGAGGCAGACUAUAACGUGGCUCGUUCCAAAAUAUCCGAGAAGCUGCUGUCGUUCUCUGAAAACGGGCACUAUCAGGGUCUGACGGCUAUCCAAGGAAAUAUGACUGCGCUGCAUGAAAAUGGAACAUCCGCAGUGACAGACUGCAAAUCAAAGGGCGCUGCAGGGUCUCCGGAAACCGCCGUAGCUACAACUUUGCAUGAUCUCACAGUGUUGCACACCCAGACUGACUCAUUUCAGCCUCCACUUUACACCUUGGUGACUAUAGAAUAGCACUUGCUACAAAGAAGGAAACUCCAGCUGGGGAUAAUCUCUGAAAUACUGUAGUACACAGUAUCCAUGAUCCAUGUAAAGAAGAAAGGAUUACUAUGGAUGAUCUUAAUAUCCUGGAUUCUCUCAAAACCAUUACGUCUCGAGUUGUCUUUCAACUGAAGGAUUCUCUCUCAUCCCAUUUGUUAAAGAGAAAAUUAUUCUCUCUUUCGUAUGCCGUCUCUGUAAUUUUGAAGUAGCUUUCAGAUUACAGAGUCAGUGCAAAAAAGCGAAGUUUUAAUCCAGAUUUUUCCUUUCCUUCAGCAGAAUGGUUUCUUUGGAGAGAUUGUUUUCCCUCUGAAAGGAGACUCGUUCUGUGCUGGUGUUGUUUAAAAUCUCUUAAUCGACACUGAUUUUACAUUGUACGGAAACGAACGUGAGAUCGUGUAGCGCAAUCUCUCUGGGCCCAAUAUGAAAUGCAGUUUUAAUGAAUUGCGGGUGCUGUGUUUUUAAACAUUGGGGCAUGCCUGACCCUGCUCUUUCAAGCUCUUGAAUAAGUUAUUUUGAGAAAUGUUUGGAAAACCAGGUUGGUAAAAGUGCUGGAGCUCCACUUCAGUUCAUAUGCUAAAUCCGUACAUCAGAUAGAUUGUUCUACACAACUUGGAAGUGGAUUUCAGAGUAGCGUUGCUGGAUUUUGUUCAGAAUUUGUGGAGGGAUUUCACAAGCUUUUUAAAGUUACUCUAUGGUCCAACCUUCCUCCUAAGUACCUGGUGAACCUUUUCUCUGUACUCCUUCCUGUCUCCUCAGUCCCACCUACAAACUCGCUGCCUUUUAAUGGUCUCACCAGUCUAUUCUGUCAUAUGCACACACACCCAAAGCCACAUGUGCAUCUUCAGCUUCUGUUAUAGAUAUACCCUCAUUUCCAUACAUUCUCUGUACAGAUAGGACGUUCACAAAGUGUUGCAUUUCUAAAUUUCUCUUCUUUGCCCAGAGGACCUUAGUAUUCUUCCCAGCCUCUUGUGAUCCCAGUGCCCCACAUAUGGAGGUUGUGUGCUGGCCACGAGACAAGGAGUUCUGCCACUUUAUAAAUUUAUUGGCAGCAUACUUCUAAAACAAAUUGCUCCAAAGUAAUGAAUGCGGGACUGCAGGUCACCUGUUGUGGCUCCCCAGUCCUCUUCCUCUUUGUGCUACAGCUGGUAAAAUAUUCUAUGUUCAGGUUUCUGGCAACGGUUUCAUUAUCUGGGUGAGUACGCUUCUUGUUUUUGUACUUGCUAUAAUGUUUUUUUCCCAAAGGCUACAGAAUGUACUGGAAAAUUAAAAUUAUAACCUGAACUGGCAUUCAGAGUAAUGGCUAGCAGCCAUUUAAAAGCUCAUUGAGAUUUCCAAGUUCAGCUUCUAAAGGUUUUGCAAAAUGUGUUGCAUGAAAAGAGAGUUAGCGGACAUAGUUGGAAGUCAAAGCAAAGCAACUGCCAAAAUUUUAAGAAAUGCACGUUUCUUUUAAAAUGUUUUGUCAUAGGGUUGAAGGAAGUGAAGAAUUAAUUUGUUUUUGCUAAAAACACAUCAAUACUGUGCCUUCCUACUUUUAAAUUCAGGAAAAAUGAAGUGCCAAAUCCAAAACUUAAUUAAGUUCUGACAUUCCACUGGAUUCCAGCAGAACUUGCUAGUGCAACUGUUAGGAGUAAUUGUAAUUUAUUGAAUAUGUCACCCAGCCCGUUAAAGCACUGGCUAAUGGGAUCAGUUUUUCAACCACUCUUUGUGUCCUGAGAUAAAAUCAAGUUCAGUGUGUUUUAGCUUAGACAGUGUUUUAACCGGACCUGGUUUUAUAAAACACAACUGAGAAUGUUAACUACUUCUUUCAAACUGCUGUGAUUUCACUCUCUUUAUGGAUUCAUUUUGAUGCAUUUUUCCUUUUCAAGAAGUGAUUGCAAUGGUAAAUUAAGCCUGAGCUUAACAGAUCCUUUUAAGUCAUGUUAUUCCCUGCUCUGACUUACCUGUAGGAUUGGCCCUCCACCCAUUCACAAUACUAGCAGUGACAAAGUACUGUUAUUUCCAAAGGAAGAGACUUGUUUCAGAAAAGUAAUCCAAGUAUGCAACAGCAAAUUAUUUUCUCAAGGUAAUGAUGGACUCAGUUUGUCAGUGUAACGUGCUUUGGGUCACUUACUCUUCAAGGCUGAUUUACACCUGCAAAAGAUCUGAUCCUUUUCACGUUGCUGUAUGUUUUAGCAAAGUUUUACUCUGGGUUCACGCUUGGCCUUUUCUAAAGCUUUUUUCAUUAAAAAAAAUGAAUGGUUUUUGUUCAAAAUCACUCAGAGGGGGAAAACAUCCAGGCUAACUUUGGUACAGGUAUCACAAACAGGUAACUUAGGAUCCUGCUUUCAUAUUUUACUUGUUGAAAGGCAAUGCAAUAAAAGAUCAGUCCAACUAUGUAUCAGUUUUGUUUUGUUUGUAAAACCCCUUAGUAGGAGUUUUUUUACCAUUUACUCCUUGUUUAUUUUAAUUCACUAAAAGGGGUCUUUUUUAGAAAGACUGGAAGAGCUUAUAUUUAAAUAUUUAUUUUGUAAUCCAUGUGCUCCAUUUUGAUGUUAGAAUUUUAACGACCAAUUACAAAAGAAUUUGUAGUAAAUAUUUAAAUCCUUAUGUUAGUAAAUAUAGGUUGGGAUUUUUAUUUUUACUCUCCAGAGAUGUGAAAGUGGGUUCACUUGUAUGAACUGGUAAACCCCAUUAAAAGAUUUUUUUCAAAUA